GAAUUUAUUCAAUAACAAAAGUACUACAACUUUAUUAGAAAUGUAGUUUUAGAUUUUUUACAUUAUUAAAUUAUUAUUAAAAAUUUUUCAAGAUUUAAUGCACAUAGUCUAGGCUACAUUUAGGCAUUAAAGUGUAAGUUAAAUUUAGUUUGACAAACUAACUUAUUGUCACGUUAGAUAAGUGAGUUAAAUUUAAAUUAGAGAGAACAUCUCUUAAUAAUUUCCUUAAGGAACCUUCUGUUAGUAACAAACUAAAUAAAACUAAAAUCGAAUGACAAGUGUGAUUGUUGUAUCCAAUAAAAAACGUCAAAAUGACAUUCAAAAUUCUAGUUUACUCUGUACAAUAACUUAUAUUAAUAAAUUGUUAUCUUUAUUGUUACUCAUUUAAAUAACAAGUGUACGAAAAGGAUCACCGCUAUUUCAGUUUAUUUUUGUAUUGAAACAUUGAGGGGCAGUUUGCCAACAAACUGACAGAGAUUUCUUGGGAGUUACUAACGACUGUGAUAAUCUACUUUUAUUAGUUGAAACAUGGUUGUGACUUCAGCAGUGCGCUCGUUUUUAUUUUUCGUCUUUUACAAUGCAGCGUAAAUAUUUUAUCAGUGACUACACGCAAUUAAUCAUAGUUUUAAUCAAGUGAAAGUAUCUAAACAAAACUAUUAUUGUAACUCAAUAUAAAUAUUUAAUUUAAAAUGUUACAAAAAUUUGUAGUGAACUAUUUACUAGUGCUGACGACUGCUUUCCAUUGGGAUUAUAAACACGAAGAAGAAUGGCCUGAUCAAUGUAAAAAUGGAAAACAGCAGUCUCCUAUUAAUUUGUCACGUCAAACCGCUACCGAAGCUAUUUUUCCAUCAUUUAUAUUUGAAUAUUACGAUGAAAUAUACAGGGCGGAAAUAAAAAACAAUGGACAUACAGCCCAAAUUCAACUAAAAGUAGGAGUUAAACCAAAAGUGAGCGGGGGAGGUUUACUAUCCACUUAUGUAUUAGAUAACAUACAUUUUCACUGGAAUUCGGAACAUACCAUAGAUGAAGAAAGAUUUCCUCUAGAACUACAUUUAGUUCAUUACGAUUCCACCAAGAAAAGUUUAGCUGAAGCUCUAAAAGUAAAAGGAGGAGUUACUGUUUUAGCUGUACUUUUCUAUCUUUCUCCAGAUAGUGACAGCGAAUUCGACUCUUUAUUCGACACCUUAGAACAGCUAAAUAAAGUCAAAAUAAACGAAGUUAAACCAAUUGAGAGAUUAGAUUUAGGGGACUUUCUUCCCAGAGAUAGAGCUGGGUUUUACCGAUACGAAGGCUCACUAACCACACCGAACUGUACAGAAGGAGUAAUUUGGACUGUCUUUACAAAUGGCUUACCGAUUUCUACUAGACAGGUCAAAAUCUUCUCCAACUUGAAAACAGAAUCAGGCGGCAACAUGAUUACGAAUUAUAGAACAAUACAAGAACUCAAUGACAGAAAAGUUCAAGUUAAAAUAAGUCCUAUUGAAUUUUCAAGUGCCUCUCGCAAUGUUGCGUUUCCUAUUGUUUUACCAUUAUAUAUUGGAUUUUCUAUUUUAGGUUUUGGCAAUAAACUCUGACCAAAUUUUUUACUAAACAAUAAGUUUAACAUUAUUUAUUAUUACAAGUGUACCUGUUUUAAUCUCAAUAUAUUAUUAUAACUUAUUAACAUA